AUGAAGGCCGGAUUUCUCGCAAUCGCUGCGGCGGUUGCUGUUGGUGUCAACGCAAAGCAAAACCAUGCGGCGCGUCGCCAUGCCCACCAGGCAUUUCACUUGGAGAGAGGAUUGAUGGCAACGGGAACUGGCUCUCCGGAGACCUGUGGAUGCACCACCAUCUACACCACUAUCACCGGAGAAGGAACUCUCUACAACCCACCAGCUCCAGCUACCACAGCUCCAAGCUCCUCCAUCGCCAUCUCCAUCUCUACCUCCAGUGUCGCUGCAGUCAGCUCCACCUCCACCGCUUCAACCACUUCAACCAUCUCAACCCCUCCUGCUCCAGUUGUAACCAUUCCAACAAGCACCAAGACCCCUGAGAUCCCAGUCCCAACUCCUCUGGCAUCAACCUGCCCAACUCCAGGUGUUUACACCAUCCCAGCAACCACAGUCACCAUCACUGCAUCCACCACCGUCUGUGGUGCCGCUACUACUUCCGUCCCAGCCGGUGAGCACACCUACGGAGGUGUCGUAACUGUUGUUGAGACCGCUACCACCGUUGUUUGCCCAUAUGCCACCGUUUCCACAAACUCUGGUGUAGUCACCAGCGUCAUCGAGACAACCACCUAUGUAUGCCCAUCCGCCGGUACAUACACCAUUGCUCCUUCAACCACUAGCGUUUCCACCGCCACAGUCUUGGUUUACCCAACACCGGCGACUUUCACCCCAGGGACCUACACCCGUGAGGCUAUCACCACCACCAUUGUAGAGACCAACUACGUUAUCUUCUGCCCAUUGACCGCUUCAAGCGCUGCCCCAGCACCAACCACUCCAGCGGCCGCUCCAGUCGUCGUUUCAAGCCCAGCACCAGUAGUCGUUGCCUCUUCUCCUCCUGCCGUUGUUGUUGCCUCUGCGCCUCCAGCCAAGUCCGUCAGCGUGGUCUCCUCUUCCACCCCUGGCCAACUUGGGUCAUCAGGAAACCAAUGGGCCAUGACCUACACCCCAUACACCAAGUCUGGUGAGUGUAAGAGCGCCUCAUCUGUCAUGUCUGAUAUCGCCGUUAUCAAGGCCGCUGGCUUCUCUGUUGUCCGUGUCUACAGCACUGACUGCUCUGGUCUCACCAACAUUGGUGCUGCUUGUGAGGCUUCCGGUCUCCGUAUGAUUGUUGGUGUUUUCAUCAGCAGCACUGGCCUCGGUGAAGCUGCCGAGCAGGUUAGCGACAUCAUCAGCUGGGGUAAAUUCUCCCUCGUUGAUCUUAUUGUUAUCGGUAACGAGGCCGUCUUCAACGGUUACUGCUCUGCCAGCGCUCUUGCUAGCUUCAUCACCGAUGCCAAGUCCAAGUUUGCCGCUGCCGGAUACUCUGGACAAUGCACCACCACCGAGCCUCUCAAUACCUGGCAAGCAAACAGCGGUGCUCUCUGUGGUGCCGUUGAUGUUGUCGGUUGCAACAUUCACCCAUUCUUCAACGCUGAUGUCGAGGCUUCCGGAGCUGGACCUUUCGUCAAGUCCCAACUUGAUAUCGUUGAUGGUCUCUGCCCAGGAAAGACUGGUAUCAACUUGGAGACCGGAUGGCCAUCUGCUGGAAAAUGUAACGGAAAGGCCUGCCCAGGUCCAGAAGCUCAGGCUGUUGCUCUUAAGUCGAUCGCCGAAAGCGUUGGUGGAAAGUCCGUCAUGUUCUCCUACGUUGAUGACCCAUGGAAGCCAGCUGGAGAGUUCGGAUGUGAGCAACAUUGGGGUGCCGUCCACGUCUUUUAA